CUACUCCAAAGACCAAAAUAAACAAAACUCAAUUUUUAGGUUAAUACUGUAAUACGCAUGUCCUGGUUCUGAGCAUUCUGAUUGGCUCCGAGAAGGCGACGGAACGGGAAAGUUGAAUCUUGGCCAACUCUUCCGUUUUCGUUCCCGUUACCGUUGCCGUUUCCGUUUGUUGUGCAUGUAUGUAUUGGAUUAUAUGUAAUUGAACUUUUCACUCGUUUCCGUUUCCGUUCUCGUUCCCGUUCCCGGGCAAUUGUGCAGCAGCCUUAAAAAGUUCAUCCCAUCGUGUAGGAGACACAUUUGCCAAUUGUGAGGUGUCGAACAUUGUAAACAAUGUUGGAAGCAUCGUGUGGGACCCGCAUACUUUGGACUUGGACUUGACAGUCAAGUCUUUGUGGUAAAGUCAACUGAUACUUUUUUUGUGCUUUUGUUAAACGGUGGUUAAAGGUGCGUUACAGUUCCAGUGUGGAUUCAUUCAUCAAGCCCAAAAACCAAACUAGAAACUUAUUUAAAAACUUUUACAAGUUGAAAACCAGCAUGAGUUUUGAGUAUUUGGACAUAAUCCAUGAAUAAUGUAUUGGAUUUAGUUCUUGUGUGUAUAUUUAGUGAUUUCACUUGAAUCUAAAAAAUGGAGUCAUCAAAACAAGUGAACUUCCAACUGUUUAGUGCUAAAGAUUUUAAGGCAGACAAGUAUGUGAAAAACCUGUCUCAGAACUAUAUAGGUGGCUUUGAAUUACAGAAUUUUCGCAAGAAGAUUCUAGCAAUAUCAGAAGAAACAAACAACAACCUGAAGAAGAAUGUAUACCAAAACUAUGUACAGUUUAUUGAUACUGCUAAGGAAAUCUCACAUUUGGAGAGUGAAAUGUACCAAUUAUCUCAUUUACUUUCAGAACAAAAGGCUUUGCUUAGCACAUUGUCGUCAACUUCGAUCUUGGAGCACUCUACUUACCAUAGCAUAGAAAAUGAGAAUAAAAAUCCUGAUGUCAACCAAAAAGAAGAAAAUAAACAAAAGUUAGCAACCAUUUUAGAAAAAGUUGAAGGGUGUAAAGAAAUACUUGAAGUCCCUGGAAGGCAUUUGAUAUUUGAAGGAGAUUUACUAGAAAUAGAUCCUGUUGAGAAUACUGCAUUAAAAACUGUUCAUAUCUAUUUAUUCAAUGAUGGAGUCAUGGUAACAAACAGAAACUCUAACAGCAGAGGCUUGAUGAAAUACAUCUUUGAAACUAUGUAUGAUCUGACUAGCUUAGCUGUUGUGAAUGUACGUGAUUUAGGAAAUGUAAAGCAAGCAUUUAAACUGCUUAUAUUUCCUGAUACAAGAGUCUUUCAGUGCUCCUCAAAUUCAAAUAAGAAAGAAUGGUUGGACAAGUUUGAUCAAACAAAGAAGUCUAGGCUAACUCAAGAACAACAAAAACGUGAGUCUGUUGCUGAAAAAUCUCCUUCUAGAACUGUUUCAGUUGAAUCACCAAAUAGCUCCCAUGAUAUUGAAGAAGUUGGAUUAGCCCAUCCAGAAUGGUUCACUGAAAGCCCAGAAGAGCUAGAUGUAUGGGUAGCUCAAAGAUAUUUUGAAGAGGCUGUCACAUUAUUGCAAAAAGUCAAAGAUUAUAUCAACCAGUCACAUUCUGUAUUAGGGCAACCAGAUCAUAUUCUAACAGAUAUUCAAAGAAAAGUGGAGCAGAGGCAAAAUCAUCUAACUGAAGUUCUUAUGAAAGAAUUAGAAGUAAAUCCAGACAAAUCCUUACAAGGUGGUUUAAGAGCAGCUAGAAGAGCUGUAAGGCUACUAAACCAGCUUGGUAGAUCAGCCCAAGCAUGUGAUCUCUUCUUGAAGCUAUGCAGUAGUAUGCUGAAGACUCAGUGCAGAAGAGUGAAGCGAGAAGGGUCCAUCACAGUAUACAUCAGACAUAUAUCCAGUGUGGUAUUCACAAAUCUGAGUCAUAUGUCGGAGGAGUUUUUGAGAGCUUUCUCUGACUUACCUUCGUGUUCAUCUGCAUAUGUCAUCUGGGCCAGUACCGAAUUGUCUCUGUUCAUAUCACAUUUUAUUAAACAGGUGUUUAUGCCACAGACUCCGUUAUCUGUGAUAACAAAAUGUGUUGUUCUUGUGAGGACUCAGUGCGAGCGGUUGUAUACAUAUGGAGUAGACCUGUGUUAUCAACUUGAUGGAGGCCUGAGGUCUCCUCUAACCAAAGCACUCAGAGAUACCAGGGACAAGCUCAUCGAUUCCAUAAAGUUGCGUGCUCUAGAAGACAAAUGGAUACCUAUGAACUUGCACUCAAAGCAACAAAUUUCAAGGUGAGAAUCAAGUCACGGCGUAAAGACCCAUUUGUAACCAUGUGAUUCGCACGAAGGGUGGAUAGUGCGAGAAAGAACGAUCAGCAAAAACGGUUUUAAGGAUACAACUCCUAUCAUUAUCUGCAAAUUAUCAAAGUAUAUUUGAAUAAACAAAAGUAUGUUAUAGAAACAGCACCACGAUCAGUAUCGCAUGUCUUUUUAGGUCUAACGAGACAUUGGUCAUCAUGUAAAAUGCGGAAUAGGCCUAAACGAAUUUGUUUAGGGCCGAAUCAUUGUAAAUUUGUCUUCAUCAUUUGUAUUUACUUGCUUCAGAAUAUUGGUUUGCAUCAAGGUUGCCUCCUUUGAGUUAUUGUAGCACGUUCUGACUAUUUAUUUCCGUUUUGCUCGAUGUAUGUUAAACUGUUAUGCGACACUCGGCAUUUUAAACGCGUGAUCAUAGGAAUUGUUGUUCUUGUUAUUUCUUUCUAGGUGUUUACAGGAGUACAGUGCUUUAGGCUUGCCUCUGGACUCAUAUGUGACAGGAGAUACAUGGAUUCAAAUCUCAGCAAGCACCUUAGCCUUCACAAAAACAUUUUUCACAUUGCUGCACGAUUGUUUCAAAUUGCAGACGUCUGAUUUAAUCCACACAAUCGACGAUACACUUUAUACAGUUUUUGAAGCUCAAAUAAAGUACAUUGAAAAUGCUUUGAGGAAUGAGCCAAAUGAGGAACAAAAGUGUUUUUUGUUGAAGAAUGCGGAAUUUUUACUGGUGAAGGUACUGGAACGGGUUCAAGAAGUGUAUAAGGAAUAUAUUGGAUAUGAAUCAAAGUCCCUGAAAAAGUUACAAGUCGAAUACAGCGCCUUGACGAAGGGUAUUGUGCCAUCUUCGAGAAGCACGAAAACAAAAUAUUCAUCAGAGUUUCUGUGAAAAAUAUAAGUAUUAAUACAUGAUAUCAUUGAUAUAAUAUACGUAUAUAUUCUUAUUUAUCUAAACUGCUUUAUGUUAAUAAAAUAUUUAUGAAGUUGUA